UGACUCCGACCGUUGGAGUUUGAGCCAUUUGGUUUACAGUAGCUAACGUCAGCAACCCGGAAGUUUUGGGAAGCAGCGGAGGCAGCGUCAUGGCGCCGGAUCCCUGGUUGUCUACAUAUGAUUCCACUUGUUAUAUUGCGCAAGAAAUUGCUGAGAAAAUCCAACAGCGCAACCAGUGUGAAAGAAAUGGAGAAAGUACAACCAAGCUUUCUGUUGCAAUCCGAACUUUGUUGCAGAAUCUGAAGGAAAAGAUCACCCUUUUGAAGGACUUAUUGCUAAGAGCUGUAUCAACACAUCAGAUAACACAGCUUGAAAGGGAUCGAAGACAGAACUUAUUGGAUGACCUUGUUACCCGUGAAAGACUACUGCAAGCAUCCUAUAAAAAUGAUGGUACAGAACCAGAUCUGAUCAGGUCCAGUCUGAUGGCGAAAACUACUAAUCGAAUUGUGUCUAAUCCAUGGCUUUUUGAGGAGCCAGAGGAAACGAGGGGUCUAGGCUUUGAUGAUCUUCGACAACAGCAGCAGAAAAUUAUUCAAGAACAAGAUGCUGGCCUUGAUGCUCUUUCCUCAAUUAUAAGUCGGCAGAAACAAAUGGGUCAAGAGAUUGGGAAUGAACUCGAUGAGCAAAAUGCCUUCAAUCCAGCUCCACUCUUCAUAUAACUCUGCUGAAAUCUCGACUUGUAGCUUCUUCCUCUGAAAACUCUUCUUCUGCCACCAGCCAGCCAAGUGGAAAAUAUUCUCGAAUAGAUCUCCUUGCCUCAAAGAGAGGGCUUCUGGUGUAAUUCUGCUGAAAAUCUCUCAAAGUGCUCUGUGUCUGCACCAGUGUGCUCCUCUCCAAUCCAGCUGAACUGUCUUCUGCCACCAGCCAGCCAAGUGGAAAAUAUUCUGGAAUAGAUCUCUCUUCACUGGCCUUAUAUCUGACUCUUCUGAGAGAAUGGGAUUAUGGGUUUUCUCCCAUAGUGCUCUCUGGCCCAAAGAGCUUCAAGGGAGGUGUGAAUUCACAAAGUUACAAAGUUUACUUUGUGAAUCUGGCAUACUUGUGAACUCCGAUGAGUAAAGGUGUAAACAUAAGCAUUGUACUAAUUAGUUCUACUUAGUACCUUGUUUCAGGUUCUGGCCCAAAACAUCAUCUUGUAAGAUCAGAUCAAUAAUCUAUCAACUCUAAUGAGUUAGCAGUUUGUAAGGAUUCCAACAGAUAUUCACUAAUAAGUUGGAGCACUACAGUUACCCAGAAACUAUAUCCCCAGUUUCUAUUCCCAGAAAAACCCAGAAAAAAAAAAAAAGAGUUAUGAUUGUUAGUGAUAGAUAGAGGCAGGCCAAAAUAGAAAACUCAAUGAGUCACAGGUUGGAACAGGUUGGAAAGGUGGCAGUAUUAGAGUGGAGAUGCAAACUAGGUAUUACUUCUCAAAGGAAGUCCUCAGUUCUUUUAAAAAUAGUUAGGAAUGAGGGUAGAAGAAAAGUUUGAGACAUAAUUUCUCUGUAAUCAAUAUCUAUUCAUUAUGACUACUGAUAACUAAUAAAUGAGAUCAGUGGUACUUUGGGAACCAAGAGACCACUGAGGGUUUUGAUAUCUUUGGAAGGGGGAGUGUUCCUAAUAGGUAGAAAUAAAGUCUGAUUGGUUAAUAAUGAGAGAAUGAUUAUUAUAAUGAGAAGUGGGCUUAUUCUAGAAAAGGGUUGGGCUAUGUGACUUUGAGUAUAUCAUUCUUACUCAUCUCUAUCCAGGCUACCCCCACCUAUCCCUCUUUCUGGCAAUCUAGACAAAGGGCGCUAUCUCCACCCAAAUCACUUAUGUCCCAAUUGGGUGGGAUUUUGUCCAAGAUUGAAAAGAAUGUUAACUCAGUUGGGGGUGGAGGCAAAGAGGCACUCUUCCUAUUUCAAGUUCUCUCAGUUUCCCUCAAAAACCACAUAAAACCGGCAGAGAUUCCAAACAUGGCUACCAUGUAAGGACCCUCUGUCCACUGGACCCUCUGUCCAGUGCUCUCCUUAUCUCUACCUUUGCCUGUACUUUAACUUUGUUUAUUUAAUAAUAAACCUCUUUUAUCAAUCUAGCUCUCUGGGCCAAUAAAUGCUUUUAUUGGGAACUCACGCCGCUACUAGACCCCCUUGUGCCAAAUCUGUACCCCAAACUUGCCACUAGACCUUAACCCUA